AUGGAUAUACCGCCGCCGUCAUGUAUUACAUACGAUCUCAUAACCGAGAUCCUACUUCUGCUUAGUGUUAAAACCAUGAUGCGACUCAAAUCUGUGAGCAAGUCAUGGAACACUCUCAUCUCCGAUCCAACCUUCAUCGAACAACACCUUAAGAAGUCAUUACAAAACCCACAGCUUAUAUUAAUCUCCGAUCCUUCGAGUGGCGUCGUUUCCUUCCCGAUGGAUCGUUUACUUCAGAACCCAUCCAGCACCGAUUCUUGCCUUUCCUUCCCGAUGCAUCGUUUACUUCAGAACCCAUCCAGCACCGAUUCUUGCCUUUUCCGCGGUUCAAUGAACAACUGUCAGGUCAUUGGUUCCUACAACGGAUUGCUUUGCUUGCUUUUCAAAGAAAACGGGUGGGAGUACCAGGAGUACCAGUUCGUUUUAUGGAACCCUGCCACUGGAACAAUAUCUUUAAAAGUAGGGACUCUUAAAGACUCUUCCGCUGGAAGCCCUUUCAAGUUCACUUUUGGUUGUGAUAUUUCAACCGGAACUUACAAGGUGGUAGCCCUUGCAAAAAAGUGUAAAGAACUUGAGGUUAGAGUUUUCAGUUUCGGUGGUAGUGAUUGGAAAAAUAUUCAAAGUUUCCCUAUAAAAGAUCACGAAAUUAAUGAUGGUGUACAUUUGAGUGGUACUAUUAACUGGUUGGCUCUUUCCAAAUACAUGCAACAAUUUAAUCAAUAUGGUUGGAUCUCGAAUCAUAUUAUUGUUAAUGCUAAACAAUCUGUGAUUUUUUCACUUAAUCUAUCAACGGAGACAUACACACAAAUUUUGCUUCCUUCGGGUUUGGAUGAGGUGUCGAUGUCCUUUCCGCCAACUCUUGGGGUGCUAACGGACUGCCUUUGUUUUUUGCACGAUUGGAAACCAACCCAAUGUGUUAUAUGGCUUAUGAAGGAGUUUGGAGUUCAAGAAUCUUGGACUCAAUUAUUUAGAAUGGACUACUGCAAAAUCAACCAUCAUCAUCCAUAUUUGUUGGGAUUCAGUAUUUGUCCAUUGCGGCCAUUGUACCUUUCUAAGGAUGAAGAUACACUGAUAUUUGCUGAAUAUAUAAAUGACCUGGCAAUUAUCUAUAGUAAGAGAGAUAUGAGAGUCGAGAGAAUUAGAAAUUCCCACAAAAUGUAUUGGUUUACUGCCAUGAACUACGUCGAAAGCUUGGUUUCUACUGUUUGAUCAGCUACUGAAUGUGCUAAAUAGUGUGAAUGCUGGAACUACCGUAUCAAAUACUAAAGCAUUUGUUUUCUUUGACCUUUACACAUUUGCAUACUCCU